AUGGGGUGCAAGGCGUGCGAGAAGCCCAAGCCCAACUACCGCAAGGGCCUGUGGUCACCGGAGGAGGACCAGAAGCUCCGCGACUACAUCCUCCUCCACGGCCACGGCUGCUGGAGCGCGCUCCCCGCGAAAGCCGGGCUGCAGCGGAACGGCAAGAGCUGCAGGCUGCGGUGGAUGAACUACCUUCGGCCGGGCCUGAAGCACGGCGUGUUCUCCCCGGAGGAGGAGGAGACGGUGAUGAAACUCCACGCCACGCUCGGCAACAAGUGGUCUAGGAUCGCACGGCACUUGCCUGGCAGGACCGACAACGAGGUCAAGAACUACUGGAACUCGUACCUCAAGAAGAGGGUCGAGGGCAAGGAGGGACCGAGCACGUCGCCUGCGCCGGCGGCGUCCGCCGAUUCAGACGACUCGCACUGCGUCAAGCCCGGGGACGACGGCACGGCGCAGGAGGUGGCGGGAGCCAACCGGCCGGCGGACUCCGGCUCGUCGGAGCGGCGCGAGUCGUCGUCGGCCGACUCGAGCUGCCUGACGGACCCGCCCGCCUGCAGGCCCCACGCCGCGCCCGUGGCGGCGCCCAAGGUCAUGUUCGCGGACUGGCUGGCUGGACCUGGACCUGGACAUGGACUACAUGGAUGGUGGUGGCCCGCCGCCGGCCGCAGCAGCAGCACCUGGUCUGGGCGCUGCGGGCGUGGCCAGCACGGGCGAUCGCGAUCAGCAUCAGGUGUCCGUGCAGCUUGCGGCAAGAGCCAAAGUGCUAAUUUUUGCAAGAAAGCUCUAAAAACGAACUUCGAAUGUCUUCCGGAAUGGAUUUGUGUUGCUAGCUUGGGCAAGCCAGAACUGCUCUCCACUAUUGGCAAGGUUAGCCUUGCCCAGACCAACCCUCCGCUACCGAUGGACGUAGGUGUUGUCGAGGGAGGAGCAGGGCACAAGGGGCAUGGUGAACAUGACCAAGAGGACCACGACGCUGAUUGCUUCGUCCCGUUUCCUUCCUAUCUUUUUUACUCCUUGUACAAUUUUGAUAAGGCCAAUCGAGCCGGUAGGGGACAAGUCGAGGACGAUAAGUUGUCGGCUUUGGACUUCUCCUGUGUAUCUAUCCGUGAGGACAAGCCUUCUUAUGCUAGUUUCUCUUUUGUAGAGAUGAUCGUCACUGAGCGUCACAACCAUGGGUAA